AUGCCUACAUUCGGUAUCGACCAGGGCGACAUUGAGUGGGACGUGCCCGCCCACGCUUGGGCUGCUCCGAAUUACUGUGCAGCGGCGCCCGUGCCCCGUAACGGCUGCCGUGCCGCGACCUCGCGCACCCCCUCCCCCGCCCCAGCCUACUGCAUCUACUGCCAUGCCCGCAUCGGCCGCCAGCGCAACGUCUACUCGACCGACGACCCAAACCUAUGCACCUUCUUUGCCGCCUACUUCCGCGCCCCCACAACCGGGGCGGCCAGGGCCAUCCUCGAGCGCGACGUCCUCCGCCGCAACCACGGCCUCCGUGAACUUCCACCACCUCCCCUUCCAACCCGUAAAUCAGCUCCGACCAAAGUGGUGGAUCGGCCAUACCCCCCCUUCCGGCCCGGUGAGCAGGAGGCGCUUCAACGCCGUAUCGCUGCCCGAGAGCGCAACAGGCGUCCUAAUGCGUUCGCAUCGCGUGUGGUCGCUCAGCCUUAUAUCACCGAGCCUUAUCGUCCUUGGAGGGAGCUGAAGAGGGCCUAG